CCGCAUUGCAAAUCCAUCCAUCCACCAGUCAGUCGCAAAGUCGCUGCCCUCCCCUCGUCCCUGGCUCAGGCAGGCAGCUGUAUACAACUCAGCACCAGUCAGUCUAUAGGCAGACCAGACCAGCGAAAAACGCCACACACAUACACACGGAGACGCAGGCGACCAAUCCAUCCAUCGCAUCUGCGAACGUUGAUCUGAUCUGCUGCCUGGUGUGGUGGUGGUGUACUCAUUAUACACACAUCCAUCCACCAACACUCUAGACAAAUGAGUACAGACAGUGGGCGGCAGGCAGAUAGGGCACGAACGUAGGAAUGCACACAUCGACGCCAAUUUGACCAACCGAUUGCGUCACAACACUACACACCCAUCCUUGACCCGCAUCAGCCCUCCAGCAAACGUCUCGCGUCUGCCAUCCGUCUCUCUCUCUCUCUCUCUCUCUCUCUGACUGUCGUUAAUCCGUCACGCAUCUGUCCUCUCGGUGCCCCCAUACCGCUCCAGCAACGCCUCCAGGUCCUCCUGCGUCUCAAUGGUCGACCCAGAUGCCUCGCCCACCACCUGCCCCUCACGCAACACCACUACGCGCCCACAACCCCUGCACACACACACACACGUACCAAGCAACAAAACGAUGCAUCCAAUGGAUCGUCGACACGAGUGUGGUGAGCGUACCUGAGCGCAUCGGCGUGGUGGGCCACGACUAUGAUGGUGCAGUGCGGCAGCACGCUCGACAGCAGGGGGACCGGACCUUCGUAUGACGUGGUCCCUCCUUGCCCCUUCUGCUUCUGCAGGCACUGCUGCUCAUCUGGUGCUGCUGGUGUGGUGGGGGUGACCAGGAGAGGCGGCUCGUCGACCAGGAUGAGCCGGUAGCUGGACGAUUGCAGCAGCAGGCGCCCGACGGCCAGCUGGUGCAACUCUCCAUCUGCAACCACACAAGAGAAUGCACUCACGGCUCUCCCUUUGCUGGAGCACUCACCAGAGAGAGCUUUCUCCUGCGUGGUAGUAGUGAUGCCGUCGUCACUCUCAACACGCUCUGCGGACGGCGGCAUCUUGUCCUUGCUCUCUCUCUUCUGGUUGUCGUCCAGGGGGCUCCGCCAUAUGACCGUCUCGAGCUGGUGCGGCAGCUUCCGGACCACACUGUCUAGGCUGCACUGGUGGACUGCAUGCCACAGGGCCUCCGUCGAGUGUUCACCCUGCACACAAGGACACACAAACAUGAGACACACAAGGAUAAUGCAUUGACGUCUCAUGCACUGCGCCCACCGUCGGGUCGAGGAACUGUCUGACGGUCCAGCCCCUGAACACCAGCGGCGCGUUCGGCAGCACCCCCACCACGGCCCUCAUCUCACCGCCCCACUCGUCCGCCCCUCUGUCGCCUAUACGCAGCUCCCCGCCACUCACAGGCACCAGCCCGACCAGCGUCGAGAGAAAGGUGGUCUUGCCCGCGCCAGUGCGGCCCACCAGGCCCACCCUCUCCCCUCUGUCGAUUGUGAGGGUGACGUUGCGGAGGGCGGGUGGGAGUGAGGGGCGGUGCCUGACUUCUACGCUGCGAAAAGUGACGGUGAGGCCCUGUUGCUGCUGCUGGUGGUGUGUGUGGGAGAGGGGGAGGGGGGAGGCGGUGGUGUGGGUGUGAGCGGUGGGGCCUUUCUCGAUGUCUGAUGACGUGGGCGUGGCGGCCUGGUCGUCCUUGUCGGCCUCUUGGUGCUUCUGCUGGCUUGUGGUGUACUCCUGAGAAUGAAAGAAAGCACAAAGAUGCUAUGGGGUGACUGUGUCUCUCUAUCUCUCCUCUGUGAUGACCUGUAUCCUUUCAAGCGAGCACAUCUGUUUCUCCAGCUCCACCGCCUGAGUGAUGAGGUUGCCCACAUUGCCGGACAGCGCCAGUGUGAAGGACAGCGCCACACCGACCCACCCAGCGUCCUGCACAGCACACGUGCAGAUAUCUCUCUGCCCCUCUACUGGUGGGUAAUUGGUGGUGAUGGUGAGCUGGCGUACCCCUCCCUUGGAAGAUCCCGUGAGCUGGAAUAUCACCGGCAGCACCGUGGUCAGCAUCGUCAACGGAAACAUCAGCAGCUGAAGACGGAACUGGAGCCACACCAUCGCCCUGCACACACACACACACAUAUACGUGGUUCUCUUUCCCCCUCUCUCUCUGCCCCUCCAGUUGGUUCACUCACCCGGCCAGCAGCAGCUUGGUGCGCUGGUACAUGUCAAUCCUAUACAGCGCCCUGGCCCCGUGUUGCGGCACCAGCUGCAGCGCCCUCAGUGUGGGGGCGCCCGUCAUGGCCUCGCUAAACACCGAGAACACCUGCGAUGUGCGGCCGAGGGCGCCGCGCUGAAGCUCACUGGAUGUUGGGAACACACAACACACACACGAGGGAUUGUGUGUUCGGGUGGUGAGGGGAAAUGUGCACCCACCGGUUGGCGCCCCUGUAGAUGAGGUACAGCCACUUGUAGAGGGCCCACAGGAUGAAGGGCAGCAGCGGCAGGCACCACCAGCUCGUCGCCGACACCAUCACCAGCUGAACAUGGCAAAAGAAGAUACAGGUAUGUGUGUGUGUGUGUGGAUGUGUGUGUCUGCCUACCGAUAGCACGAAGUAGACGACGCCCCCGAACACGAUUCCGAUCUGCCGCACGAUCGUGUGGUCCACACAGAACAUGUCGCUGCUAAAUCUGCGAAGAAAGAAGAGAUCACACGCCAUGCAGACGGCACCUCACGUGGUCAUCUCGCCCUCCCCGGCCGUCACCUGUUGAGCGUCCGGCCGACCGUCGUCUGGUCGUGGAAAGCGAGCGACGCCGCCAUGGUGCCGCCGAGUAGGUCGUGGUGCAGCCGAUUCAUCGCCACUAUCUGCCCGGCCGCCUCGCUCCCGUAUCCAGCGAAGUUGGAAAAGACGUUGAGGGCAACCAGCCUGACACACACCCAUCCAUAUGUCUGUUGAUCUGUGUGUCUGUGUGUGUGUGUGUGUGUGGUGCGCACCCGAUAUAGACAUUGAGGCGGUAGACCUGCAUGUCGACCUCCUGCUGAGUGGGGUUGGCGCCCUGCUUCUCCGCCCCGCUGGUCCAGUAGGCGAUCCACCAGUUGCAGGCCUGAUCGCUGACACCGAUGCCCACCACAGCCACCAGAAUGGCGCCCACCAGCCACCAGCCGAUCCGACGGAAAAACCUGACACACACGGGGCAUUUGCAGUGGUGUUGUGUAUAAGGGUUAUGGGGGUGAUUCUCUUCUCCCUUCUGACCAGAGGUAGCAGCUGAGCCCCACAACGCCCUUGAACCUGAAGUCGUCAUCCAUGGCGGUCUCCCCGCCGUCCUGGGUGCGAUCCUGCUGCUGGUUGUCCUUGUCCGUGGGCUGGCACAUGAGAGCCGACUCCCAGAAGCCGAGCAUGUGGGUGGAGGUCUCCCUGGAAGAUGGCGACGUGCUGCCAUUGCCAUUGCCGUUGUUGCUGGCGCCGUGAUCGCUGGUGCUGUCCAUUGAGCUCCGUGUGGGGUUGCUGCAGCACACAUACACACACAUCGAUGCCCGGAGCGGCGGGCGGUUAUGGUGCGUUCCUGACCUGACGAUGGUCUUGCGGCUCCUGAGCGUGGCGCUCGACGGUGAGCUGCUGAUGUCGGCCACGGUGGUCAUGUCGCUAAGCGUCCGGUCGUAUGACGAGCGGUGGUACCUCUCGUAGUACUCGUCGCACGACGAUGACCACACGACAGACGACCCUCCCCCGCCCCCUCCCCUCUCGCCCGCCCCCAACACUAUCACGUGCAGGCUGGCGGCGCCGUCGAUUGUCUGCGUCUGUGUGUUGGUGUGGUUGUAGAACUGGUGGAACGAGUCGGGGUCGAUCGUGAUGAUGGUGGCCGAGUCGGCCAGCAGGCCGCCCGGGCCCAGCAGCGACUGCCAGAUCUGGUAGCCCACCUUCGGGUCAAACGACCUGUCGAGACAGAUUGAGGAGAGUGACAUACGCGCUGGGUGUGUGUCGUGGGGUGUGCGUGGGUGUGUGAGGGAGUUGUAUCUCACUGACUUGAAGGUGUCGUCGAGGAGGAAGUAUGACGCCUUGGCGUCGUAGAGUGCCCUCGCGAGCGCCACACGGACGCGCUGCCCAGCCGAGAGGGAAUGCCCGCCCUCAUCCACCUCACGCAAGUCCCCUGCACCAACCACAACGCACCAUGCAUGGGUCGUGAUGGCCAUCCCUUUCUCUCCUUGGCAUUCCUACCAUUGGGCCAUUCCUGGAAGUCAUGCGUCAGAGCGCACGCCUCGAUCACCCGCUUGUAGCGCACGGCGUCCCAUGGCCGGCCGAGGACGAUGUUCCACCGGAUGGUGCCGCCACACACCCACACGCACUGCGGCGCGAAACCCACUGGCGAGGCAGCGUAGGCCAUGUCACCGCCACCACCACUGCUACUGCUCACGGGGAGGGACCCGUCGGCCGCUGUCCAGCAUGACCCUGGCACACCACACGGGGAUGCGGGUGGAUGCCUGUGUGUGAUGGUGUUGCGGAUCGGGUGUGCGUACCUUCUAUGAGAGGGAUUUCCCUCAGCAGAGCGGCAACCAGGGUGGACUUGCCGCUGCCGGGGGGGCCCAUGACCACCAGGCACUCGCCCCGACGCACCACCAUGCUCAGACGCUCCAAGCGGAAGGAUAACAACGCUCCACUGGUUGGUGUCGGUUUGCCGUCCUGUCUCCUCCCGCCGCUGCUGCCGCCGUUUGCAGCAGAUGGCCAGGCAAAGCAGGCGCCCCGCAAGUAGACACGCAUAUCGUCUUCUACCUGAAAACGCGCACACACACACACACAGAGAGAGAGAGAGAGAGAUACAAAGUGCACAAAGGGGAUAUAUGGACCUCCUUGGUCGCUGCCAGUGAGUACCUGUGUGAGGGGUCUGCUGACGGUCCGCUCGCUAAGCCCCUCGGUGGGCGAGAGCGGCUCCUCUUCCCCAGGACUGCCGUUGCCCUUGUCAUGCUCCUUCUUGACCACCGCACUCUCGCCGAACACCUUCCACAGCCCCUUCAUCACCGGCAGCCACGCGUCACCCUUGCCCUUGCCGUCGCCGUCAUCACCGUACGAUGACGGCUGCCCGCCGCCCCUUGGCUUAGCAGAGGGGGCGGCGAGGUCUAGUGCGGUCUCCAGCCGUGCGAGUGCGAUGGUGCCUUCGAUGAGUGUGCGGAUCAUCUGUGGGAUGGACAUGACGGGGCCGAUCAUCUGGCCCAGCAGGUGCAUCGUCGGGAUGGCCACCGACGCCUUGAGGGCAAAGGAGGGGUCGCCGCCCUGAUUGAUGGAAACCAAGGCGCAGAGAGCAUUUGGUGGUCGUUCGUGGCUGGAUGGAUGGAUGGCUGCUUACUCGGACUUUGGCGAGGCUGGCGUAGGUGAACAUGACGAGGGUGACCAUUGUGGUGGCGAGGCCUGCACAAACAGGCAGCAUGAACACCAAGUGAGCACCCGUAUUGUCUGUCUCUUCUGUCACUCCAUGCAGGUCAGCUUGCUUACGGACACACGCCCCCAGCCAGGCCGCCGUGUACUCGUAGUAGAUCUUCCGCCUGAGCAUCUGCACCUCAUUGGCACGUGCCGCCCGAACGUGGCUCUCAGCCACACCCUCCCUGCACCACACAGACAAGACAGAUGGGCAGGCACCAAAAUGUUGCCCUUUUCCAAUUCGUGUCAGUGUGUCGUUCUUCUCACCAUCCCAGUAGCUUGAUCAGCCGCAGAUUCUGAAGCGUCUCGCGACAUCGCUCUAUCCGAAUGUCCCGGCGCGCCUGACAGGCAAACGACGCGAGUCGACACAGACACACAUACGUGGCCACAUGCGGGCUCUCGCUAGUGCAUGCUUGCGCACCAUGUAUGGGUCUCGCAGCUGUCCGUUCCGCCUCUCCAGCAGCGCGAUAAUGAUGCACAAGACUAUCAACACACCCACACCGGGCGCAGCAGCGUGACCCACCUGCACACACACCAACACUCUCACGGUCAGGUGCCUGCCUUGCCGUGGGUGAGAGUGUCCCAUUGUCACCUGGACGUCCAGGACGUAGGCAGUGACGGCAAUCUGGAAGGGCAGCACCAGUAUCUCAGGUCCCAGCAGGAUCAAAGUCUCAACGGUCUCGAUGUCCAGCUGCACCAGAUUGAACACAUUCACGCUGUCAGAGCUCUUGGACGACGACCGCUGCUGUUGCUGCUGCUGCCGCUGGUCGCUAUCUGACUCGCUGCCGCUGCUGCUACUGCUGCUGCCGUUGUGCAGGGGUUUCUCGACAAGGUGUUUGAAGAGGGCUGCGGUGAGGGCUGUCCGUAUCCUGAUGGUGACGCGGGCCUUCCAGAAGUUGUAGUGGUUGUUGCCGAAGAUGGACACCAGCUGGAUGGCUAUCAUGGCCACACAUAUCAGCGUGCCUGGUAGGGAGAAAUUCACAUUCAUCGUCUGCCUGUGAUUGAGUGUGUUUCUUUACUGUGUGCUUGUGAUCCAGCCACGCAUCUCACUCACCAACGACCCAGGUGGGAGCGUCCUCGUCGCUGCCAGCCUCCUUGAACUGCAGGAAGGCCUUCAACGUCAGGAGGUUGACGUACUCCAAUGCAGUAAACAGCACCUUGAGCACCAGAAUCAGCAGCAGCUGCCACCCAUAAGCCGCCAGCACCACGCGCAUCACAGGGUACCGCCUCCUGCGCUCCCUCGCCCUCCUCUCAGACAAUGAGAUUGCCGUCUGCUGGCGGUAGUGGUCGAUGGCCUUGGCCAUCUUCCUCGCAUUGGCUGCCGUUUCGUCAUGUUUGUCCAGCAGGGGCAGCCACCGCUCAUCAAUGUCGCCUUGAGCCGAGCGCCGCAGGUAGGGAGUGCACCAGCAGAAGAAAAGCCGUGAGAGCACGGGGGCGCUGUCGGCGCUGGGGUACGGCGCGCCGGAACUGCUCGGGCUAUCUGAUGCAUUCGGCAUGCGAUUGGACAUGGCCUUUUUGGCUUUUG